GAAUUUGAACCCAAUUAAAGCCUUAAUUAAAAAUGAGGAAGUUGUGUUCAUUGUCAGCUGAUGUAGCCUAAUACAGUAGUCCUAAUUGACCAGUUUCUUGUUAGCCUACUUUAAAAACAUUUACAUUUUCUAUUUCAUUUUCUAUUAAUAAAUUCAUUUGAAUUACAGAGGAGGGUAGCAUUACAUCUUGUAGCGUACAGCCUGCUGGAUUUCCAUUAGAAGAAGAAGCAGCUAACCGGUCCGGUCUACUAUAAACCAGUCAGGAAAAGACUCCAGAGCUCCCAGUCAACCGCGGAAAUGUUCAAAACAGAGAAACUAAGAGCUUUGAUUAAUGACGGCGGCUGCUGAGGAGAUUUUCAGUUUCUUUGAGGAAACUCUUAAGGACUACGAGGAGACAAAGCAGGAGGAAGAACAACAAGGAAGACUGGUUGAGUGGCAAGCACCCCUCCAGCUGUGUGUCCAGGAGGAUGAUGCUCCCUUUGAGCAGGAUCACUGUGGGAGGACUGAUCUGUGUGAGAAAGACCAGGAGCCGCUGCAGAUUAAAGAAGAACGAGAGGAGGAACUGUGGGCUGCUCAGAAAAGUGAAAACCAGGAGACUGACACCAAAAACUCUUUGUUCAAUAUCAUUUAUGUGCAAAGAAGUGGUGACGAUGGAAACCCGAUCAUAAAUCAAGCCCAAGACUUUCAAAAUAAAGGAGACUCUUUGCCUGGCAACUCAUGUGAACAGUUAAAAUCUGAUCCUAAUGUUUUUGUUUCUCAGCCAACCAGCGACUGCCAGACGAGUGGAUUCAGUGAUGAUGAAUGGAGAGAGCGUGGAGAAUUUAACUCUCGGGGUAAAAGUAAGAAAUUACAGCAGACUGGUGAAGCAUCGGACAGGCCGUACACCUGCAGCGUUUGCAAAAAGACUUUCAAGAUUAAAUCUAUCCUGACUCGCCAUAUGAAGACACACUCAGGAGAGAAACCGCACAGCUGCAGCGUUUGUGGCAAAAGCUUCAUCCAGCGCUCGUACCUGCAGACCCACUUGAACUCUCACUCCGGACAAAAGCCGUACACGUGCCGCUUCUGUGGCAGAGGGUUCACACAGGCCGGGAACAUGAAGGCCCACAUCCGCAUCCACACGGGAGAGAAACCCCACAGCUGCUCCGACUGUGGCAAAAGCUUCAGAGAGAAGGCAGAUCUGAUUAAGCACAGAGUAAUUCACAGCGGUGAGAAACCCUUCAUCUGCACCGUGUGUCAUAUGAAAUUCACAGUUCAGUCUAAUCUGACACGCCACAUGAUGACUCAUUCAGGGGAGAGGCCUUUUGGUUGCACCACGUGUGGAAAAAGUUUCUUCCGACGCUCCCAUUUAAUCAUUCAUAUGAAGACUCACACAAGAGAAAAUCUUUAGACUUUAGAUAUGACUCAGUUUGGUAUUAAUUCACUUACAAAGCAGAGGGGAAUGGUUUUGAUCUAUAAAGUCUAUUUCCCCCUUUUGAAAGGAUUGACAUCAUGUACAAAUCCGUUUUUUGACAAGUUGUUAAUAUAUAGUUUUGUAAUGUUCAAUACACACAGAAAGGUGUUAAACUGUUUCCUCUUCUAAGGGACCAACAUUUGUAUAGAGUUCAAUCAGGAGAGAUUUUUCUAGUGAAAUAAAGAAACGGUCAUUUUGACCUCCAUCGAACAGCAUCAGUUGGUCAUUGGUGUCUUUUCAUUUAUUCACAGAUGAUUCUUUUUCUCAUUUUAACCAAAUCCCUUUUAAAAAAUCAAGAAGUGUUUGUUGCUAAAUCCUCUUGCCAGCCCGCUCAGAGUCUCAUAGCUCGGAGCAGCUUCAUUCUGCUUAUCGAUGUAAAUCUUUUAGAUAUGUUUUACUUUUUUAAAACGCUCUGUUAUAUCAUGAACCAGCUGAGGGAGUUUCUUCAAAGAAAUGAUCUGGAGGUCUCAUUUAUAAAUGUUGCAUUUAAACAAUACAGGGCCUGAAAGAGAGGUGUGCUGCUUCCAACCUAAAAGUUGUGAUGUAUAAAACAAAGCUCAAAGAAGAAUGUGUGCACUUGUAAGCCAA